CUUUCGAUGGACGAAAGAGUUGUGUUGAAUGUCGGUGGUGUACGACAUGAGACCUAUCAAGCCACCUUGAAGAAAAUUCCGGCCACACGCCUUAGUCGUUUAACGCCGUCGCUUGCGAAUUUCGAUCCACUUUUAAACGAAUAUUUCUUUGAUAGGCAUCCAGCUGUUUUCUCACAGAUACUUAACUACUAUCGAACCGGUAAACUGCAUUAUCCGACGGAUGUUUGCGGGCCGUUGUUCGAAGAGGAACUGCACUAUUGGGGUCUAGACGCCAGCGAUACGGAACCGUGCUGUUGGAUGCAACUCCUUCACGCCAAAGAUACGCAAGAAACGCUUGCGGUGUUGGAUCGAAUGGAUGUGGAGAAGGAAGAUGAUCCACAACUCCGAGAGUUGGAUACAAUGAGAAAGUUCGGCUGGGAAGAGGAGUAUUUUCAAGGCAAUCGAACAAAAUGGAUGUACUAUAAACCGAAGAUCUGGUCGCUUUUCGACGAGCCAUACUCAUCCAGGUCCGCAAAGAUAAUCGCCGGUAUCUCUGUUUGGUUUAUUUUUGUGUCAAUCCUCUCGUUUUGCCUUAAAACUCAUCCAAGACUUCGUAUUCCGAUCAUCGACGCCUCAAAUAAAACGUUUCAUGGUCUGGUGAUAGUUGCUGUUACUCGACAAGCGACCGAACCGCAUGUGAUGUUUGGUCAAAUAGAGUUUAUAUGCAACAUAUGGUUUACAUUAGAAAUUAUUGUUCGAUUUAUAUUCUGUCCGUCGAAAAUAGGAUUUCUGAAAUCCCCACUCAACAAUAUUGAUUUGGUCGCUACAUUGUCGUUUUAUGCUGACGCGAUAUUCGUUCGUCUAAUGGACGACGCUCCGAAGGAUGUUGUCGAGUUUCUCUCAAUGAUUAGGAUUUUCCGGCUCUUCAAACUCACUCAACAUCACCGUGGUCUACAAAUCCUCAUUCACACAUUUCGUGCUAGCGCGAAAGAGUUGAUAUUAUUGGUGUUUUUUCUUUUACUCGGCGUUGUAAUCUUUGCUGCUCUUGUAUAUUAUGCAGAAAAGAUGGAAAUCAAUCCAGACAAUCAAUUCCAAUCAAUACCGCUUGGCCUUUGGUGGGCCAUAUGUACAAUGACGACGGUCGGCUACGGUGACAUGACUCCUCACACAUCGUUUGGACGACUUGUCGGCUCGUUGUGCGCCGUGAUGGGUGUCUUGACCAUCGCACUGCCGGUGCCGGUGAUCGUCUCCAACUUCGCAAUGUUCUACUCUCAUACACAAGCAAGAGACAAAUUGCCAAAGAAACGAAGGCGUGUGCUGCCGGUGGAGCAGGUUAGUCGAAACGUACUGAAAUUAUGA